CAAUAAUAAUAUAAGAAUUAUUUUAAAUUUGCUCUAAUAAUUAAUAAUUGUAUUCGAAGCAAAGUAUUCUAUGAUAUUUUUAUCAAAUAUCUUCUAGAGAUCUUUAAUAAAAAAUAAUCUAUCAUGUAUAAAAUAAUUAUUUUAAUUAUUCUAGCAACAAUAUCAAAUAUGUUUUCUACAUUUGAAAUUAGUACGAAUCCACUAACGCAUAAUGCUUAUGGAGAUUUAUAUGAUGCACAUGAAAUAUGGUAUAAAAAAUAUGGUGACAAAUACAAAGAUUUAAUGAUUGAACACAUAGGAACAACAGAACACGUAGCAGGUUAUGUUAGAAAUGAACAUAUUCUUCGAGUCAAUUACUAUAGAUCUUUGCAUGAUGUACCCGCAUUGAAAAUGCACCAAGAGUUAAAUCACUUGGCCCAAAUUUUAGCGAACCAUAUUGUUCUAACUCAUUAUUUUGAACAUGGUCCAACUGUUAGGAAAUAUGGAGAAAAUAUAUGUUUAAGAAAAAAUUGGCUUGGAGCAGGUGAUAGAGCAGCUGACCGAUAUUAUGACGAAUUAUUUAAAUUAGACGAAAAUGGGAAGGUUUAUAAUUUUAACGGAACUGAAGAAGAGAUUUCUGGCAAAGAUCAAGUUAGUUUGCGUGGUCAUGCUAUAUGCAUGCUUUGGAAAAAUGCUAAAGAGAUUGGAGUUGGCGUAGCAUAUGGAGAUUGGUUUUUUGAUGAUACUGAUAAUGGUGUUUGGGAGAAAAAUUAUGUAAUUACUACAAUAAUUAAUCCUAAUACAACUAUACUUACUAAGUUCAAGGAAAACCUAUUACCCAGAAUAAAGCCAUUUGAAAGACUUGAACAUAUAGCAUUACCUUCAGAAGAAGAACCUGACAACGUUUUGGAUUAAAAUAAUAAAUAUUAAAAGUUUGAUAUAUGUGAUUAAAAAAAACAAUUGUUAAUAUUAAUUUACUAAGUGUCAUUGUCAAAUUACCUUACAUUGUCCUUAAAUAUUAAUGAACACUAUAAAUUAUAUAUCAAAUAAAAAAUAAAAUAGACACUAAAUAAAAUAUCUAUCAUGAAUUCCUCCUUCGAUGAAGUAGUGUUAAUACAGAGAUCGAUUAUUAGUACUAUUUUCCUUUGAUGCAUAUAACAACUCGCAGAAUUUUAAAUUCUUACUUUAUAAGAGGAAUUGUUCAAUAGCGCAAUUAUAAUCAAUGUAUAAAUUAUAGGUAUAAUAUACUUAGUAUUAUUGCAUCACUUAUAAUAUGUACAUUUUAUAUGAUAUUACCAUGUAAGAGUUACUAUUUUUUUAUUUGUAAUAAUGAUAAUAUUUCUCGGGAUAUGAGUACGAGGGUUUGUAAGAUAAAAAAGUAAUAUUUUUUUAUUAAUAAAAAAUUGAUUGUAAUUAGUUGUCACAGUCUAUAAUAUUAAUAAUGCUACGAUUAUUGAGGGUAUUCAGUGAUAUGUGGAAUUGUGUGUCUACCCAGAAUACUAUGGUGGCUAUAUAUAAAUCUCCUACUUAACUCCUGAAAUAGAC